AUGAUACUCGGGACACGUUGGUUGGCAAGUGUUUGGGGAGAGGGUCACAUUCCAAUGGCAAUGCAGUCAUUUCUUCUUCUCGUAGGUGUCGGGAUGAUCUUACCCAUAUUUAAUUGAUCCUGUGGGAAAAACAUGUAGUUAGGAAUUAGUUUAUGUUGGUCAGUUUCCUAUUUUGUUAGUAUUCUAGUUGGUCAGUUUCCUUAACCUCGGUAGUUUCCUUUUUUGUGGCCAGGGUAAUUAUAACAACUAGCAAUUGUUCUUUGAUUGAGAAGACAAAGAGAUUUUUCCCACCGUUGGUCCUUAUUUGGUGUGCGUCAGAUCCCUUGUGGCAGAAGCUGUUCGAAGGACCAGGAAGUAAAAGUUUGAUGGUUUUAGCGAACUGAUAGCCAAAUAGAACAGAUAGAGGUGUUUUUAUAGUCACAUAUUUUUUCAGAACCCAAAACCAAAAAACCUUUGUUUUAUGGCUGCAUGUAGCCUUUUGGUAUUUUAUCAUUAAUUUCAUGGAACUUUUGGCAGCAUAAUCUGUUCCCGGGUUUAGUGUACAUUGAUUUUAAGGAUCAUUUUUUUAUUUUUGCCUUCAAUAUGAUGAAGUGUUAUGACCUAUUACCAAGGCAUUGCACUUUUUUAGAUCUAUUGUGACUUGUUAUCUCAAUCCAGAAAGGACUAUAAAAUUUUAAAACAGCUUUAAUGUCGUCUUUUCUUUUGCUUUCUGAUAUGUUGCAUUUGCCCAUCUUUCAUGUGACUCAUUUUAUGUCUGUCUUGUCACCAGCAGGAAGAUGAACUUUACACUUCACAACACCGGAAUUGUAAAAGCCUCAUCUUCUAGAAUCUCCCCUUCAAAUGAUGAUGACGGGAUCCUUAGUGAUAUCUUUGAUGAUGGAGAAGUUGAAACCAAUAACCGAGGGACCUCAUUUCUAUCGAAACUGGCAAUUGCAUUGGGCAUAGCUGCAACCAUAACUUUAUUGUCCGUAUGCUUUAAGGGACCUAACUUUGGAUCGUCAUUGAGAUUUCCGUUUUCUUUUGAUGGUUCUUCACCUUUAAUUUCAUCUGGAUCACCUGUUGGAUACACUUUGUCAAUUUUUGGAUGUCAGGUCGUCCUUCCAGAAUAUACACCAGGGUAUUCACUUUAAUUUUCUUUGUAUCGUCUUAUUUUGUUUAUUUGUAAAUUUCUUCAUUAUAUCAUGUUCUAGUUUUCUCGUUUUUAUUUUACAUUUUUAAAAUCUCAAUUAAUUGUAUUCAGUUCAACUGGUAUGAAAUGGAUGUAGUUCCUUGUUUGCACUGAGUCAUUCUUUAGUCUUUUACUCAAAAGCCAUUCAAGUGGUGUCAAUGAACUAUUUUUACCAAGUCAUUAAGGCAUAAUUAAGUCGUAUACACUUAGGAGGGCAUUUAUAAAUGAAUCACACUCUUAUUCAUGUAUGUGAGCACGGCCCUAAUGAACGGCAGCUGAUUGUAUUCAGACUAUACCUGGCGAUAAAAUUGGCUCCCAUUGCUGAAAAUGUGUAUGCGAUAUUUUCUUGAAAAUUGCCGUGCCUUUUUAUGAUUAACUUUAUUACAUAUAUGCUAUGUAGCUGACCAGGUAGGAGAGUGUGCCACCAUCUAUUUUUGGGACUACAAAUAAAGUAAUGAUGUAAUAAAAUAUCUACUGUUUCAACAGUAUUAUAUUUAAAAGUUACUCUUGUACUUUAUUAAAUAGUGUGUGAGAUAAGGAAAAUAACCGUACUUUGAAAAGUAAUGUUACAUUAAUGAGUUGUCUUGAUCUCUAUUGUAUUGGCUAGCCACAUACUUAUUUCUUUCUUUUUCACACUAUUUUUUUGUUUGGCUUGAUUAUAAAAUUGCGCCAUAUCUUCUAUUCAUAUCCAUGAGGCCUACUUUUUUGUUUUUUUAUCCUUUUCAUACCCAAAAGUCACCGAAUAAGAUUACUAUGACAGAGGAAUCAGUGAAAUCUGUAGCCAACUUUCAAUUUUAAAAAGCAGAUUUUACCUGCCCUUCCUUUGUGUGUGUAACUGAGAAAAAUGGGAAAUCUUAUGUAGGAGGUGGUAUAUCUCCCACUUUAAGCUAAUCCCUGGAAAUGUGGAAUUAGCCCACAAAUGUUCCAAAAUGGUCCACUGGAUUGGCUAUGCCGAUUUUCCUCUUCCACGCCCCGAGAAAAUGGAAAACCUCCAGAUGCGUGUAGAAAGUAGUAUGAUUGCCUUAACUGCAGUGGACCCCGUGGUAGAGUGUCUCUGAGGUUAAUUGAAUUGUAUUGGUUAUUACUUGGUGCAGUGUUACUGUAGUUUUACGUUUGAAUAUGCAUCUCUCCCUGGAUCACCUGUGACUUGCUGUUGAAAUAGACAUCUCUUUGAGAUUUGCAACAUGGCACUAAAAUCCAACAAGUUAUUGUAUAAGAGGUGCACGUUAGCAAGAAUGAUGCAGGAUCAUAUAAAAUAUCAUUAUUAGGGUAGCAAAUGUCAUGCUUGGCAGAUCAAUUUGGGUGUCAAAUAACUUUGAUAAUUGAGUCGAGUGUUAGAAUAGGAUCCAGGCCCCCAUUCCCUGUUGGCACUUGGUGGCUGAUGAUGAGAUUGAAGGGAUAAAAAUUCGUGUUGUCUGCAGAAACAUAUAUCUAGGUGUUAGAAUGGCCCUCAUAAAGUUUGGGAUGUUUUCCUUCUAAGAGCAAGACAUGGAAAAACGGAUUUUUGAAAAUUUCAAUUCAGAAAAUUAGUUUUCUUGAGAGAAUCACAACAAAUGAAAAUUUAAAAAGGAUUACAGCAUUAACGUGCUUAAAUCAACAUGAUAUAAUAUAUUGGAAGGAUUAGAUUACAUAUUCAUCAGUUUAUUAUGUCCAGUUAAAAAUAACCAACCAUAAAUCAUGCUUAUGCAGUUGAUGACCAUCUUGGGCAAUUUAUCACGUGGUUCUUUCCGUUCUUCAGCUGUCCAAUCCACGAAUUGACUUAUUUCCGUUGUUUGUUCUUGACGAUACCUGCUGUCAUUGCUUUGAUUUUUUAGAUAUACCUUGAUUUCUCUCUCGUACACCUUGCUUCUAGCCAAGGUGCCAGCAUUCAUUAUUUUGUUUUCUUAUACUGUCUAAUAUUGGAUCUCCAAGCCUGAUUUGUUGUCAGUUUUUGAAUUGUUUUCCUGUUUUACUUACAUAAAUGACUGUUCAGAUGGAUCUACUUCUGGUUGCUAAUGGCUGCUGGAUGUGGAAUUUUCAUCAGUGAGGAGGCACUAAAUGUCUGGGUCUGUGCUUUGAACUGGUACCUUACUGUUUUACCUUAACUGUAGUUUGUGUCAUAUAUUCUGGCGAAAUUGUGAGAAUAUCAAUGCCGUUUUCGUUUUUAUCUGUAUCACAUUUUUAUUUAAAUGAUGUAGGUUGGUAUAUCUUUAGCUCGAUCACUCUCUCUUGACGGCACUUGGAAUACAUUUAUGAUCUCGUUCUCAAAGAAUGCCCCCUACAUUGUUUCUACAGUUCUGUGGGUAUACUGGUAAUACUUUAAAUUUUCUUAUUUAACGUGUUCAACAGCAUGCUACUCUUAUACGUCAAUGUUACACGUUGUUUUUAAAUGCCUUGUGCGUAGAAACUAGUUCUACUUGAUUGCGCCAUAUAGCCUGAAGGGGUGAGUCAUGUAGGCUAUUACCAAAAGAUAAACAUCUUUAAAUGUUUAACAGUCUAACAGUUUUCCUUGGGUUGAAUAUUUCAACGUAACGUUUUCAGUUCUAUAGUGACCGUACCUCCUAAAGAAGGAACGGCUUAGGUUUGCUUUAUCUUUCCAAUAAGUACUGCAUAAUAUUAAAAAUGCUGCAACUAUAAAAGGGAACAUGAGUGUCAGAAAAAAACAUAUAUUCUCUAGUUUGCAAUUGUAUGAAAGCAGAAGAGAGUUUAUGCUGCUAAAAAGGAUGACGUAUCCUACGAAAUAUUUUGAUUUUCUCUGAGUUCUCUUUUGUUUGUUAUUUAGAAACCCGGUGUAGUCCUUUCCUUUGUCACAGCCAUCAUAGCUAACAUCGAGCAUGGGUGGAAAAAGGAAGACUGUUUUCUUUUGACCGUCGAAAAUUCUUUUUUUGGUCUGGGUUUCACUUAUAUCCAUCAUUUAUAGAAAUAGGCUUAUGCCAUGUAAGACAAAUCAAGGAUAGAGGAAACACGGCCAUGAGAUGAAUCACUAUGAAAAGGAUGAGGCAAUAAUAUUCAGUUGAGUGAAUUUUCCAAGUUACAGCUGCUUUCUAAAAUAGUUGCUAACGAUGCUUGGCGAUUUAGUCUAGGGAACACUGUUAGGUGUAAUUCUUGGGUCUGACUUCAUUUGCAGACAACUCGAAUCAGGUCUGACCGUUUUACCUUGGGUAGAUUUGACAGCAUUCGAGUUCACUUUUCAGCUCUUCUCUUAUGUGGCCUUAGCUUUCAGUAAAACCAGGUUGUCAAAAUGUUCAAUAUUUAGACAAGCAAAUCGGUGGUUCUGUUGGGAAGGGCCUUGGGUUGUUAAUUAUAGCUUUGGAUCUAGAUAUCAAAAGCUUUUUACUUCUAUGAUUUAUUAUCAUUGUAUGAGUUAUUAGUGUGACGAAUUAUGUUUCUUCAUGGUUUCUGUUUAUCUAAAAUUGCGGAUAAUCAUUUCACUCAGGGGGGUCUGCAUCAGCGACAUGAUACCUUUUUACCUUGGAAGACUUUUUAGGCAGACGAAAGCAUCCGUUGACAUUUGUUCCAAGGUAUUUAAUCGCUGAUUCCUUUUCCUAUUUUUUGUAUACUAUCACUCCCCUAUUUCACUCCUUUGCCCAAACUAGUUUUGUUAGGAAUCUAUUGACUCUGCCGUAAAAUACACAUGGGCUCUCUAACAAGUUGUUAUUGUGUUCAUUGUAGUUAGGAAUUGGCAAAGACAAGGUUGUGAGCAUCACCAGAGUUGUACAGAAGUAUGGGAAUAUGAUUGGCUUCGGUAAGCUUGAUGUGCAAAGGCUUUUUUUUCCUUUUUUGUAACAGAGGAUCAUUUCUGCUAUUUUAGUUUUUAACAAUGAUCUUUACCAUGAAACAUGAAACUUUAUGUCUAUAUUUUUUCAAACUUUGUAAGAUUGUUUAUCCUCUACUACAAAGCACGAUCAGUAAGACAAAGCCAUUCCAUCCAUAAAUUGAUGUUGUCCUCCUGCUCAAUAUUGCUUUAUUGGUUGGUAGACUUUACUACACCUGUCUUUUUUCUGAUAUAGUCUACUAUGUUAUCAGUGGCAUAGUGAGUUUUUUAUUCCAAAAUUUAAAAUGAGCUGAAUGGUGAACUACGAAAAUGGUACGGACUCAAGUAAGAAGCAAUUAGUGAAUAAAUAUUUUUCCUAAAUGAUGGAGAAUAUUUACCGGAAUAAUCCGGAAUACAGAAAUGCCUCUUGACUUUCAUGUAUCGUAAUUGUAACGAUCAUCUAUGUCAAAAUUGUCUCAAUCUUGACAUAACCGAGUCAUUUCAUAUUCUACUCUCAUAGGAAGAUAUUUGUAUGAGUGCCUUAGUAUGCAUGUAGUCACCAAUAGAAGAAUGUUUAACCAUGAAGACUACAGGUCGCUUAUGAAAUAGCCAAAAUGCCUCUGUAGGUCUCAGUCAUGAAUUGUUUCCACUGUUAAGGGCAGUGCUUUUGAUGAGAGUUGUGUGAGAUGACACGCCUCUAUUUGGAGUAGGAGGAAUCUCUCAGUGAACCAAAUAUACCAGACAUUUGUAAAGAACAUAGCCUGGCACCCUUGUCCAUGGACGACCAUGACACUAGACUCUCUUCCUGAAUAGUCGAGAAAAAAGUCGUCCUUUGGUGACAAUACUGAGGUCCCAUGCCAGAUAAUAAUAACUGUGGUAUUUAAAGAUGUAUUCAAUCUAUAUAUUGUUCCUUUAACUAGUUAGAUAUAAAGGCAGUAUUUUGAACUAAUUUGAAUGAAAAUUUCAAGAGACUUACACAUAAUUUCAGAUUACGCAUUAAUUAUGUAUUAGCAUCAAUUGCUCGUUAUUUUCAAUACCUUUCUUCAUGAGAAAGUUGAAUCUAUCCAAGAAAGAAAGAUAUUAUCUUUUCCUGAUUUACCUGUGUGGACUUAAAUGAGAAUUAAUUGGUCAUUAAUUUUAUAUUUUGAUUGCUUAUUGAAAUUAAUUCUUUUUUUUAUUAAUCUUUUAUGAAGACAUUUUCAAAUCAGAAGUUGCCGCUUUUGGUGCAACAAAAUAAAAUGCAACUGGUCUGUAACUUGUCAAAUGCCAGAAGUUAUUUUGGAAUCAAACCAGAGAACUAUAAAAAAUGAUGCAACGCAUGAUGCAAUUAGCUUACUGCCUUUUCUGUGACGGGUAAAAAUAAAUUGGGGAUAGAUGAAGAGGUGUGGGCCUGAAUUAAGGAGCUUGAAUAUUCAUAUAAAGCAGUACAUAAGUCUUUGCAGGUUUACAAUGGGUGUUUCUUAACUUUACAUGGUAACUUCUUUUAUUCACGAAUCGUGCUUUACAUUACCAAGAUGUCUAUCUAUACUCGUGAAUGACCCAUAUGUAUGCAUGAUUUUUUUUGGAUCGCUUUUUCUUGUUUCUAACGAAAUAAUUACAUCUGUUUCAGUGGAGCGCUUUUCUGUUGGAGCACGAAAUCCAACAUCUUUUCUGGCUGGUGCAUGGGUUAGUAGCUCUUCCUUGGGCUUUUUUUUUGUGUUGUGGAAAUUGUAACUUGUUGGUAGUCAAUUAACACUGCUGCUUUAAUUAGUGAAUGUCUUUUUGUUAAUACACUUAGGAUCAAAAGUGAUCCCUGUUUUUGUUCCUCCUUGGUGUACAAACCUUGGGCACGGUCACAGGUACCCGUACGUUAAUUUAAUAGGUAAUAUGAAAAGGGUCAUGGUAAAUGAAACAAUUGCAAAUCGACCAAGAUUCACCCGAAACAGAGGAGUUAGUGGGAUCUGUCUAGGUUGGUCGAGCAUAGAAUCAGAGAAAAAUUAGAACACGAAACUAAAUGAAUAACCUUUGCAUGCUUAUUUUGGCUGAUAUUUGCCUGUUUCUCAUGCUCCAACUAGUUUAGAGCCGAUUCUGUGUUUGAAACUUUUAACUUCCAACCAUGUACAUAGUAUUUUUAUUUUUUUCUUCUCUGAGUAUGAGUUUUAAUGCGUGGUUUAGACUCGUUUAUUAUCUUGAAAUAUAAUUUUUAACUUUUUACGAUUCUAUGAGUAUCUUAAUGGAACGUUAUUUUGUAAUGGGGUUCAAAUAAGAAAUGGAUUAAUUGGGUGAUGAGCUGUCUCAACCGCUACAUUCUCAAUCCUCACAAGUGAAGAUCAAAUGUUUCUUCCAAGCGCUCUUAGGGAUUGAGAUACGGGGGAGCGUUAUCUCCUCUAUUGUUCCUUCUUGUAGGACAAUAUUAAGUCGUGUGGAGUAGAGCUGUGGUCAGAGAAUUGAUUGAUGCAGCUCGAAUAGGUCGAGAUAACUUAUCUCUUUCGAUUCUGUUUGAAAAGGUAAUGCACUUGAGAAUCAGGUGAUGAAAUGUUGGCUGAUAUUUCUGGAAAUGGUGAAAAUAUUGUGUGCGAAUCUUAAGAAAACAGAAGCUAUGGCAACUAGAAUUCAGCAAGAGGAAAGGACUAACCAUGCUACGACUACAUUGGGUUGUAAUAUUGAUAAAUUCCCAUUUAAAUACCUUGGUACACCGCUGUCUUUUGGAGGAAUAAAAUCAAAAGAAUGGAGUGAACUGGUACAAAAACUUCGUUCUGGAUGGAAGGGUGACAAGAGAAGUUACAUCCAGUUGAGGGCAGACUGAUGGUUUCAAAAACUGUCUAUUUGGAUGUAUAUGACGUCAAUCUUCAGGACACCUACAUGCGUUAUGGAGAAAAUUGACGGCAUUGGAAGGAACUUUUGGAUUGGGGCGGACAGGCAUAACUUCUCCAACUUAUCAGUUGGGGGUGAGUAUGCAGAUAAGUUAAAGGAGAAGCAGUUGUAAUUAAAGCAUAUAUUUUCAAUCGAGCUAAAUGGUUAUUGAUAGGAGGACAUAGUUCGUUAUAGGAUCAUAUUGCUAGAAAAAGUUUCUUUACAAUUCGUCCUGAAUCGAUAUUUGUUCUAAUAAACUGCACCAUAGUGUCUCAAAGCUGGAAAGAUAUUGUUCUUUCAACAUUAUUCUCAGUGAUAUCUGCUGAUUUUGGAGGGAAAUUGAAGGAAACUCUAGCUUUGGAGGCCAAUUGGUUGAGUGUUAUCUCUCUUGAUACAAGAUUGUUGCAAAUCUACAUGUAGCAUCAGAGCAUAAUAAAUGUAUUAAUGCAAUGUGGCAAAAUAUUCCUAAUUAUGGAUGGUAUCUAGAUUUCGUAAGGAGGCUUGCAACAGCUGGAAUUUCCAAAUAUGUCGAGCUGUUUGCAAUGUUCCUACACACUUUAGUAAACAGAGAUCGAGGACAACAGAAAAUGGAAAUGGAAUGCAAAAAGGACUGUUCAGCUGGUACUUCUUUCGUUGAAAGUUAAGCUGAUGGUGGACGUAGAGUUUAUUAGCCGGUAACAGUUUGGUAAAUCAAGUUCCCUAAAAGUAAAAGUAUUUCCAUGUAUACUGGUUGCCAAGAUGUUGGCCACUUAUGACUGAAUUCGAAUCUCCAGACCAAUAUUCAGAACAAGGGCAUUUUCUGUCCGCUGUGAAAAGCAACUUUUGAUCAUAUCUUUUUGAGGAUACGGCUUCUAAGUUUGUUGUGGAUUUCUUUUUGAAAUGAGAUCCAUUCUGUUGCAUGCAUGAUCAUAACUUAGGUACAUCCUUUUUCUAUUGUGACUCUGCUUACGGUGCAUGUAUUUGUUUGAUUUGUUCACCUGUAAUCAUUUAUCGUUUUUGCUUUCAAACAAAUGUUAAUACUUAUCAUGUAUUCAUAUUAUUAUAUUAUUUUGAUAUUCAUUUGUUGCUGGUACCUUUUUGAUGUUUCUGCCACUUCUUCACUAUUGACAUUCUCUUCGUUGUGCUUCCUAUUCAUAUAUAACGUCCUGUUUUAGGACUGUGGGAAACGUGGUAACUUGCUCAGUAGCCCAGCUUUGUCAUUUCACUCUCUCCUAAUACACUACGCUUUUGUGAAGUGUGAAUCUUCUGUUAUAAUCAGGCUCUUGCCAAAAAAAUUCUGGCAUUCUUAUCUCUUCUAGCAUGGAUGGAAGGAGUCUUUUUGCCCGACACUUGAAUUUCCAUGGAUUUCUACGUGUGUUGCAAAACGUGGUCCCUUCACCUACCAUUGCACCUGAUGAGGACAAUCAGAGACUGCUUAUGCGACCUCAGAUGUUGAAUGGAUCUGGAAGAAAAGACCAAUUUGUUCAAAUUUUCAUGAGUCUCUGACAAGAUAUUUUUAACUUCGAUGUCACCACCUGAUAUGAGUAGAACUAAUAGUUUAUCUCCACCAUCUCCAGGUUAGACAGUCGAAGUCUUUGGAUAAAAGUACCUAACAUGAAUAUCAUGCUCUAUUCGACCAUUGCUUUCCCAAUUUUUGUGUUUGAAACUGUGUACUUAACAUUAGUGUCUAGACUGGCAAGAUGGAGGUCUAGUCUAGUUGGUUUAAAAAUCCAGUUAACUUAGAUUUCGUGUGUGACAUUCAAAUAGAGCUACCCAUUUUGUGUGAUCAGUACUUUUGAAGCUCUCUUUGUAUUGUGAUUAUUAUUUGGGUGUUUUUUUGUAUAUUCUUUGGACGUUCUGUCAUCUGUAAAACGUAUAUCCCCGCGCAAGGUCGAAAACAUACACUUCAACGUAUACUUCUCACAUGCUUUAGUUAACUAUUGACCGUUUCCAAUGCAGGGUAUACCAUCAGAUUGCUUCUUUGCUGGUGUCUGUUGUGGUGGUCUUAUCACUCUCCCAGUUCAGGUUAAUUUAAUAUUGGCACGAAAUGUAGCGCAUCAUCAUUCUACUUUCUUAUAAUCUCCGCCCAUCUUCAUGUAAAGCAUUGAAAGCUCUCAAAAUCAUGCAAUGUGAUGUGUUAACAGUAAGUCCCAUAUUGAUUUUUAUAUGGUGGUUGUACAGACGCCUUGGUUGAUUUUUUUUUUCAUUAGGACUCAAUAACUUUAACAUAUUAUCACUUCUAAUUUUUGACCUUGGGUUAAACAUAUUUUCAUUAAAUUUUGCUAUGUGACUAAGCUCAAAAGUAGGCAUACAAAAAGGGAACGUGUUGACAAUAGUUCCAUAUUAUUUAUUACAAUAGUAGACAUGCUUACAAACAUAGAUCCAACGUUCUGCUAUUUACUCUCCAUGAUGACGGAUGAGAUAGCUUGGGCUUAAAUUCUUCUGUUAGGUUCCAACCGGGACAUGAAAAAAAUUGCUUAGCCUUCCUUGGGACUGGAAUCCAGUUCUACAAACUGGCCAACCCGUGGGUAAACUCUUUCUUCCUUCACCCUCAGCACCAGAACUCAUCAGGAAAACUUCUGCUGCAUGUGACAACUAAAAUCCUUGGCGUAGCGUGAUAUCCAAACCCUCAUUUGUCUGAUCCAAAUCUGCUUCACUGAUAAUCUUCCCGGUCCAAUAUCUAGGAUAUUUUAUUCUACUCAAGCCCGUGAUUAAAAUCUGAAUUUCAGCCCACGUUCAAUUUAUUAACCAACUGGUGAGCAUAACCCGAGAAGAUUCAGACUGAACUAUCAUGCCUUUGGCCCAGCUCUGGACGUGCUCUGCACAGAAGACCAAGUUCCGCCUAGCCUCACCAUGACAUCCUGUUGAGCCAAUAUGACAUGAGAUUAAUCAUAUCAGUAUUUUGGUGAAUUUAAACUGCACCGUAAGGCUAGGUGUUGAUGGAUUAGUUCAUUUAGUUCGUCAAUGACUUAUCUGUUGAUUUUAGAAAAUACCAGAUGAUCAGCAGUUAAAUAACGAUUUAAUAUCCUGAAAAGAUGAUGGGGAUCUGCACUGUUGUUACAGUCGUGCUAUUUCGUAGAUAGAUUGCCUGCUGAAUGGGCAGGGAUAUGGAUAUGCCGAACUUCUCUUUCACAUCUACCCUCAUUGUAGACCCUUUUUCCCCUCUUUUAUACUAAACUUCAUGGCACAAAAUCUUGUAGAUGAUUAAAGUGGACAAUUUUAUGAUGAAAGAUGUUAGAAGCAUCACCUGCAUUGCUGCACAAAAUCUGGUUCCCCAAUUCCAAACUUGAAAGUCAACCAGGAAGGAAAUUCAACUUAGCUUUAAGAUCUUAGAGUCUGACAAACAGAUAAAUAUAAACCGCUCAGACAUCAGCUAGGAAUGUGAAGGUAGUAUUAUAUCCACUCCUGACGGUUCCUUAUCUCUCUGAUUCCCUGUACAGAAGUGUAGUUUUCUACUAUCUUUGUCGUCAGCUUAGUGGCCACAUUCUUCAAUAGAUGGCUUUCCUUUGGAGAAAAAAGAGGCAUAUUUAUUUCACUUUUCCUGACCCUGUAGCAGAAAAAAAGAGGACUAUUUGGUUUUACCUCCCCCACAAAAUAGCAUGAUUGCUGCUGGGGCCUUCUCUUUUUCCACUUGCCCCUUUAGUCCCUGGGUCGGUUUCUGUAAGACAACUUAUGAAUCUCCCCAAUAUCAGCAGAGUACAAUACCAAGAGUUCCCAGCUCUUGAACAAGUUAAUCCUACGGUAAUCUCAGUCACAUCCAAUGGAAACAAUGAGAGUUUCGUGGUUUCCAGAAAUAUAAAUAACCAGGUGAAAUUAUUGAGGGGUUUAUCAGCAAUUCAGACAAUUGGUGGGGUUCUAAAACCAAGUAAUCUUCGACGAUCUGCCAGUCAAUCAUUAAGACAAUAUUCCCCGGCACUGAUAAAUUAAUUAUUUUCUUACCACGUUUUAUUGAUGGAAAUUGUUUAUGUUGUGUGACUGAAACUAAAUCUGUCUUUCUUCCUUUGAAUCUCAGCUGGGGAUUGGUUUUUUGCUGAGAGAAAGACCGGCAGUGGCCCUUGCUGGUGUUGCGACUGUUGUGGUACCUUCUUUAUUAUUAUUACUAUUAUUGUUAUUUUUUCCCUUCAGGAGAUCUAUAUGUUUCCAUCAUAUAAUAGGAAUAUAUGAGGGUGUUGACCUUAGUAAAUCCUCCCAGGGGAUGUGGACUCUUCUUCCAUAUGCAAUCGCAGCUUCUGCAGCCUUAUUCAUGUUCCUGCGUCAACGCCUCUCAAGCUGA